AUGGGUGCAUCAGGCUUAGGUAUUGGUUUAGCAAAGUGCAUUAAUCUCUCAAAUUUGACACUUAACCUUGAAAAUGAGUUAAAUAAAUUUACUUAUUAUAUUUCCAAUUAAAUUAAUUAAAUUGGUGACGAAGGUGCAUCAGGCUUAGGUUCUUGUUUAACAAAGUGCAUUAAUCUCUCAAAUUUAACACUUAAUCUUCGUCGUAAUUAAAUUGGUGCAAUGGGUGCAUUAGGCUUAUGUUCUGGUUUAGUAAAGAGCAUUAAUCUCUCAAUUUGA